AAAAUGAACAAAUGAUAUUUAUUAGAAUAAAAAGAGAAGAGGUCCAAGAGAAGAAUGGCUUCCCAGCCUCUGCUCUUCUCUCGCUCCUUUCUCCUUCUUCCGCUUCGCUUUGCCCGGAGAACCACUCUCGCCAGGUUCCCAACCACUCCCACCGGCUUCCUUGCCCCCACCCGUGUUCUUUUGGGUGUUGGGGUUCGUCCUGUGAGGCGACUGCGAGCCGUGAUGUUGUUUGCCGAGGACCCAUUGGUGCAUGAUGUUUGCGCAUCGGCGCUAACGGCGGGGGUCGCCCUGGCACUGCUCCGGUUCUGGGAGGAGAUGGCCAAGCGCCAGGUUUUCGAGCAGAAACUGAACCGCAAGCUUGUGCAUAUCAGCAUUGGGUUGGCUUUCAUGCUUUUUUGGCCUUUGUUCAGUUCUGGAAGCCUGGCACCCUUUCUUGCUGCCCUCGCUCCUGGGAUAAAUAUUUUCCGGAUGCUGUUUUUGGGACUUGGAAUAUGGAAGAAUGAAGCUAUGGUCAAGUCAGUGAGCAGGCAUGGCGAUUACAGGGAACUUCUAAAGGGUCCACUAUAUUAUGCUUGCACCAUUACCCUGGCGACUUCGAUCUUCUGGCGAACAUCACCAAUUGCAAUUGCUGCAAUCUGUAACUUGUGCGCUGGUGAUGGUAUUGCAGACAUAGUAGGAAGACGAUUCGGUAGUCAAAAGCUUCCAUAUAACAAGAACAAGUCCUUUGCCGGGAGCAUUGCGAUGGUUGUUGCGGGUUUCAUAUCAUCUGUUGCGUAUAUGCACUACUACUCCAUGUUCGGAUUUAUGGAUGUGAACUGGAGUUUGAUUAUCGGCUUUCUUGUUGUAUCUUUGACUGCAUCACUCAUAGAGUCACUGCCGAUCAGUUCGGAGCUGGAUGAUAAUCUUACAGUACCCUUGACUUCAUUAUUAGUCGGCAGCCUUGUAUUAUGAUGUUGUUGCAUGUAGCAUUGAACAAAAAACAAAUGUCUUUGAUGAAGAAAUUACAAUAAAGAUCUACCGAAAUUUUGGUUUUUUCA